AUGGACUACAUAUCGCAGGAAGUUCAAGGGGAGAUACCGUGGAGUAUGCUUUACGCGGACGACAUUGUACUGGUGGAAAAGAACUCUAAGGAACUUCAGCAAAGGUUUAAUCAGUGGCUGUCAGCAAUCGAGAGGCACGGCUUACGCGUCAGUCGAACUAAAACCGAGUUCAUGGAGUGCGAUUUCGGCGGCACGGAAGGCGUGGGCUCUAACAUAGAAAUAGAUGGCAACAAUCUACCCAAAGUGUCUCGUUUUAAAUACCUCGGCUCUGUGCUUACUACCGACUCGCGAAUCGAUGAGGACGUGAACCAUCGGGUUAGUGCCGCGUGGCUGAAGUGGAGGACCCUGUCUGGCGUCCUGUGCGAUGCAAGAAUGCCUAUAAAAACUAAAGGCAAAGUCUAUAAAACAGCCGUAAGACCAACGGCUGCUUUGAAGAAGCAUGAACAAAAGCUCCACAUAACGGAGAUGAAAAUGCUCCGCUGGGCAGGUGGCGUGACGUGUUUGGAUAGGGUGCGAAACGAACACGUGAGAGGUUCCUUCAAGGUGGCACCAAUAACCGAUAAAGUUAAGGAGGGUAGACUCUGA